UACUUCCUUCAGCAGGUGCGCUCGUGCUCCGGACAACUGCAAAACUUUGCGUAAAGACGCUUUAGUCUCGUGUUUUCUAGUUCUUAAAAACAUUCUUCAUUUCAGUUCAUUUCACACGCCUGUUUACCGAGGUCGCGAGGACUUUCAACGAUACCGGAUUGAUGUUUACUGACAUGGUGUCCAAGUUGACAUCGCUUCAGCAGGAGCUCCUGAGCGCCUUGUUGGACUCCGGGAUCACUAAGGAUGUGCUGGUCCAGGCGCUGGAGGAUUUAUGUCCGUGUCCUGCCGAAUUCGGAAUAAAAAUGGAAAAACCCUUGUCCCCGGCUAGUGUCAACGGCGGCAGCGACUCCAAUGAUUCCAAGCCUGUGUUUCUGACUCUGACCAGCUCGCAGGGUAAAGCGGGCAAACUGUCCGGUGAUGAAGGCUCGGAUGACGGGGAUGACUUCGACACGCCGCCGAUCCUGCGGGAGCUGCAGUCUCUCAACACCGAGGAGGCCGCGGAGCAGCGCGCGGAGGUCGAGCGCAUGCUAUCUGAGGACCCGUGGCGCGUGGCGCGCACUGUCAAAGGCUACAUGCAGCAGCACAAUAUUCCUCAGCGCGAGGUGGUGGACGUGACGGGGCUCAAUCAGUCUCACCUGUCGCAGCACCUCAAUAAAGGCACGCCGAUGAAGACGACCAAACGAGCCGCGCUUUACACCUGGUAUAUCCAGAAACAGCGCGAAAUCGAAAGACAGUUCGACCGUGUUCAGAGCUCUGACCUCAGUGACUCAGGCAGUCAGGAUCAGGUCCUGUUUUUUUUCCCAGAAUUCAAUCAUACCGGACUCAGUUCGGGGGCUGCGGGAGGUUCUGGAGGACCAAUCGGAGAUGAGGGGGAGCCAGGCUCUAAAAAGAUGAGACGAAACCGCUUCAAAUGGGGUCCAGCAUCUCAGGAGAUACUCUACCAGGCUUAUGAACGACAGAAGAACCCCAGCAAAGAAGAAAGGGAAGCGCUGGUAGAGGAAUGCAACAGGGCAGAGUGUGUUCAGAGGGGUGUGUCGCCCUCUAAAGCUCAUGGACUUGGAUCUAACCUGGUCACAGAGGUGCGUGUGUACAACUGGUUUGCUAAUCGGCGUAAGGAGGAAGCCUUCAGACAGAAGUUGGCUAUGGAUACGUAUCCAACGCACAGCAUGAACCCCCUGUUUUCCCAUCCAUCAUCACAUACCCAGCACCAUCUCAGCAGCUCAGAUUCAAAACUCAGGUACAGUCAACAAGGAACCAGUGAGGUCACUUCCUCGACGACCAUCAGUCACCAUGGCAGCAGCCAGUCAGUAUUGCAACAGGUGUCUCCGGGUAGUCUGGACCCCUGCCACGGCUUGCUAUCGACGGAUGCCAAAAUGAUCUCAGUCUCUGGUGGAGUUUUGCCUCCUGUGAGCACUUUGACCAACAUUCAUAGUCUGUCUCAGUCAUCUCAUCAUCAUCAUCAUCAUCAUCAUCAGCAAGCACAGAGCCUCAUUAUGAGCCUGGCUGCUCAAAGUCUGACGUCUCCUCAGUCUCAGAGUGUGCCUGUCAUCAACAGCGUGUCUGGACUCACAACCCUGCAUCCCAUGCAGUUCCCUCAGAGCACCAGCCUGACACAGCUGACCACAGCUCACAUCUCCCAGCAGCCCUUCACACAGUCACACAUGUACUCUCCCAAACAAGAAGUUGGCCAGUUUUCCCAUCCAUCUCGAUACGCGACCAUGGACACCAGCACCAUCACACACCUGGGCUCCAGCAAGCAGUGUCCUUUGCAGGCCUGGUGAACAAAUGCACCGCAGCGAGAACUUCCUCGGCAGCUUAGCAACAGCAGUGCAUGAUAUCUGCGUUUCUCGGUUACUUUGGUAACCUGUCAGCAUGGAGAACCAACAAGAACAGCAUCGCCUCUGGAUUCUGCAUCAAAUGAAGACUAGUGAUUGGUAUAUUAUGCCUUUAAGCCAUAAUGGAUGACAGAACAAAAUGGCAGAACUUGCUAAGACGAUUAAAUACUGAGCCGAAACUUUCACACCCAUUGGUUUUAGGUGAUGAAACCUUCAGUGAUACUGUACAUACAAUUUAAUAAGAAAAUAUGGAUUGUUGUAAAAUAAGGUCAACUUUUCAGGCAAGACAACAGAAAAAAAAAAGUCAGUCGUUUCACAGAUACAUUAUUUUUUUUCAUACACACAUUUGAGAUUUGAAAUGUAUCCCAUAUUCUAAAAGAAAAUCAUCACAUUACCGUGUAAAUUCACGUUUUUUUUCCCCAAUAUCAAAAUGGUCUUUCCAUUUCAAUGCAUGGACUUGCACAUAAAAGUGAUCCCAAAAGAUGCUAUAAAUAUAAUUGCUUCUCAGGGAUUGAUUUCACACUACUCCAUCGUACUCCACUGUAGAAUAUAUAUAAAGGCUUUGCUGUUUUUUAUAUGUUUUGGAAUCACCUCAAUCAUAUUUAUAUAUGUGUAAAUUGAUAAAUAAUACAUUUUUGAAG